ACAGUGUGCUAUUCAAUUGAUCAAAUUAUACGUCAACCAGCAACUGAAUCGCGUUACUAAACGAUACGGCGUAUUCGAGCGUCGGGGAUCAAGUAACGUACGUGUCAAAAUAUUGAUCAGGAUGAACAUCCCGCCGAUUCAGCAACCGGGCGCCAUGGGCGUGGGACAGAUGGGCCAGCCGGUGAACCCUCAAUUGCCCCAGAACCAGCAGCAGGCGCAGCAGACGCAGCAGCAGCAGGUGCAGCAGCAGCAGCAGCAGCAACAGCAGCAGCAGCAACAGCAGCAGCAGCAGCAGCAGCAGACGCAGGACAAGCUCGACAAUAUCUCCAAGGUGAAGUCUCUGGCCGGUCCGCUGAGAGAGUCGUUGGCCAUAGCCCUGAAAACCGCGGCGCAGACGCUGCAUCAGAACAGCCUGGUCGACGUGGGCACCAUGAAGGGCAUAGAGCAGCCGGAUCAUCGAUUCAACAAGAACAUGGAGGAGUUCUACUCCAUUUGCGAUCAGAUAGAGUUGCACCUCAAGACCUCGGUCGAGUGCCUGUCCCAGAACUCCAGCUCUGUUCGGUACAUGCCCAUGUCCGUCAUGACCACUCGCACAGACACCGUCAGCACGCCGGAGGGACCGGCGCUUACCUAUCCGCAGUUCCUGAUGACGGUGCGCGCGCAAGUGGCGUACUCGCACGAGAUUCACAACACCCUCAUGAUGCACGCUCGCGCGAUAGCGUCCGGCGAGCAACCUUAAUUCCCAUGAAUUCUGGAGCAGCGUUUCCCAGCGCUCCGGCGGAACGAGAGAUGUCACGGGAGGCGCCGACGAAGCGAUCGUCAUUUCGUGAUAUAGUAAUAAGCAGGGACGUAGUAGACCGAGCACGAGGCUUGAAAUCUGGGGGUCAAUUCUGUAUCUUGUACCGUAGCGAAAAGAUACAGAAUUGACCCCCCUGAGGACCAGGUAGAAAGAGACCGACGACAGAUACCGCGCGCCUUUCUUUAACGAGAAGAAAGUGGGAGGGUGUAAAAGAGAAUGGGGAGACAAGCGUGUGAUAAUUUGUACACACGUUCACACAUGAUUUUGUUAACAUCUUGCACUUGAUACGCGCACCAAAUAGUGUGUUUGAACUGAUCGGUCAAUGACUAAAUAAACCAAUGUACUAGUUAUUUAUUAUUUGUUACUAUCUGAUAUCGCGUAUGAAGUGCACGAUGUAAGCUAGACCUCUGGGGGAGGGCCGGGGUAUGCGAUGCAUGUUAGCCGCUAAAACCACCAUGGUUGCCUACCUCGCGCGCAUUUGUAGCCGAGCCCUGGGAACACAUCGUACACUACCAGGACUCGGCCGACCACAUCUAUACCUCAUGCGAAGCGAAUAAGAGAGAAAAAGUUCCGCUUGGGACGUUGAGUGAACAGCACGUCUCUUCUAACCUAGAGAGAAAUUGUUGAUCCUCGGGGUUGCAUCAUCCGAUUGCAUCAUCCCGCGCGAAACCCGAUAGUUGGGUCUCUGCAUUGUAGUAAUAAAUUAAAACUUGCUCAUACUCUGAUCAACUUUAUCAAGAUCAUCAAGACUAUCGGCUCGUCGUGGUCGUAUCGGCUCAAGUUGGAAGAGCUGCGAGUCAUAACUAGAAGGAGCAGAAUAAAGAGAGAAAGCGCCGGUAUCUAUUAUCUAUUCUUUUCUAUCUAAGCUUCAUUGCCUACAAGAGGAUAUACGCUCGGUCUUACUUUGUCUGUGGCAAUAAGUUUGUUUUAAUAUACAUGUUAUUUUUUAAUAAAUGAUCUGCGAACCGAAUUAUACAGAGCGUCAUUAUGUAAUUAACAUAACUGAGGCCUGUAUUCUGAAGCCUCUUUAAUAUCUUCUCUAAUACCUAUCUCUUUGAUAAAAGAGGAUUCAGAGUGCGGGCCUAAGCGUCUGACGUUUCUUGUUUCGAGAUCUUGGGUAAUGGCUCAAGUGCUGACACGACUUUGCGAUUGGUUUGUAACAUCUUAAGACGGUACGUAAGAUAAUCUUUAAUAUAAGAAUGAUUUGUAAGUGAACUAAUCUAAGAGUCUGAUGGUUCUUGUUUCAAGAUCGUCUCGAAUAAAGUUUCAAAAUGCUGACGCGAC